UGUGUCUGUGAUUUCGAUAUGAAAUUCACAUUCGUAUACGCCGGGUGGGAGGGUACAGCCCAUGAUGCUCGUGUUUUAAUUGAUGCGUUGAGGCGUCCGGAGAACCAUUUUCCAUGGCCUGAAGAGGGUUAUUAUUAUCUAGUAGAUUCGGCAUUUCCAUGUACUGAAGGAUUUAUGCCACCGUAUCCGAGGGUAAGGUACCAUAGAUCUGAACGAAGAGGCUCUCGUACCUUCCAAGGAUAUAAAGAUCUGUUUAAUUAUCGGCAUUCAUCCCUUCGGAAUGUCAUUGAACGAACAUUCGGCGUGUUGAAGAAGCGUUUUCGAAUUUUAAAUUUAAUGCCCCCAUACCUUCCAACUCAGCAACGAUAUCUUAUUAUUGCAUGUUGUACGAUCCAUAACUUUAUCCGCAUGGUUACAUCUAAUGAUCGGGAUUUUCUAGUAUAUAGCAAUCCAGAUGAUUAUCCAGGAAUGGAUUCGAAUCAGAACACCAGUGAAGAGACUCAUGUACCUGACAUGUCGACUGCAUCAACACAAGCGAUGGCCGCAAGAAGAGAUGCUAUUGCAUUACCUAUGUGGGAGCAUAGUUAUGGUCAACAAGGCAACACCUAAUUGCUAGUAUGGUGUUGCAAUUUUUUUUGUUAUGUCAGUGUGAAACAAUAGAUUGUCAAUUCGAGACCCUUUAUUUACAUAAAUCGAUGUUUAAUAUGUAAAUAAAUUAUUGAAUAAAAUGUGUUAUGCUCCUGGUAGUAUU